AUGGAAGUAUACAUUGACGAUAUGUUAGUUAAAUCCCUGCGCACAGAGGAUCACCUGACCCACUUGCAGGAAACUUUCGACAUCCUCAGAAGCUACAACAUGAAGCUCAACCCCGAAAAGUGCGCCUUCGGAGUAGGCUCUGGCAAAUUUCUGGGCUUAAUGGUCUCAAAUAGGGGCAUUGAGAUCAACCCCGGCAAAAUAAAGGCCAUCGAAGAAAUCACGAUGGUAAACAACGAAAAAGCCGUCCAACGACUGACUGGGCGGAUUGCAGCCCUGUGUAGGUUCAUAUCAAGGUCGUCAGAAAAAAUCCAUCACUUCUUUUCCCUACUCAAAAUAAAGAGCGACUUCGAAUGGACUCCAGAAUGCCAAGGCGCCCUGGAAGAGCUGAAACGGUACCUGUCAAGCCCACCCUUGCUGCACACGCCCAAGGAGGAUGAAACGCUGUAUCUAUACCUGGUCGUAUCUAACAUAGCGGUGAGCGGUGUAUUAGUCCGGGAAGAGCAAGGCAUGCAAUUUCCUGUGUAUUACUGCCACCGCAUCUGCAUCCUAUCGACCUAUCCCCUCCGGAGCAUACUGCACAAACCUGAGUUGUCAGGCCGACUGGCUAAAUGGGCCAUUGAGCUCGGACGGUAUGAUAGCGAGUAUCAACCUCGAAUGGCCAUUAAAUCCCAGAUCCUAGCGGAUUUCGUGGCCGAUUUUUCACCAUCCCUCAUCCCCGAGGUAGAGAAGGAACUUUUACUAAAGUCAUGCACAUCUUCUUGGGUGUGGAACAUGUUCACGGAUGGUGCCAUAAACGUUAGAGGAUCCGGACUCGAUAUAGUCCUGAAGUCGUCCAUCGGCGGCGUAAUCCGACAAUCCAUAAAAACUGCGAAGCUAACUAACAACGACGCCGAGUAUGAGUCUAUGAUUGUAGGUCUAGAGCUGGCUAAGGACCUGGGAGCCGAGUCCAUCAAAGCAAAAUGCGAUUCACUCCUCGUAGUAAGUCAGGUAAACGGAAGUUACGAAGCUCGGGAAGACAGAAUGCAGAGGUAUCUGGAUAAAAUCCAAGUCACCUUGCACCGCAUCAAGGAAUGGACCUUAGUCCAUGUACCCCGAGAGCAGAACAGCGAGGCUGAUGCACUGGCAAACCUAGGAUCAUCCGCCGAGGAGGAAGACCUACUCCCCGGGGCUUUGGUCCAACAAAUCAAAUCUGUAGUUGAGGAAGGUCACGCGGAAGUCAACUCGACCAGCCUAAUAUGGGAUUGGAGAAAUAAAUACAUCGCCUAUCUGAAGGACAUAAUGCUGCCCGCCGACCCAAAAGAAUCGAGAGCCUUACGAACCAGAGCGACCUGUUCUCGCUUGACAAAUAUGAGGCCCUGUAUAGCAGAAUGUUCGACGGCCCCCUAG